AUGCGAAACUGGCUGGUGCUGCUGUUCCCCUGUGCGGUCGGGGUCGCGCUGCACUUCUGGCUGAAAGUGAGAAGGCCAGCAAGAGCAUGUUCUCAGGGGUGUAGUCCACUGGCCCUCUUUCCUCUGUGGAAGCCAAAACAUGAUGUUAUUGUAGGUGUUUUGUCAGCUCGACACAAUCAUGAGCUGCGCAGUGUUAUAAGGAACACUUGGUUCAAGCACCUGAAACAACAUUCUGUCCUGAGCCAACGUGUCCUUGUCAAGUUUAUAAUAGGUGCGCAUGGUUGUGCUGUGCCAGUGGAAGACAGAGAGGACCCCUACUCCUGCAAACUUCUGAACAUCAGUAACCCAGUUUUGAAUCAGGAAAUUGAAGCAUUCAGUCUCCCUGAGGAUGUACCUUCUGUGCUAUCCGAAGACAGAAUUGUCAGUGUGAAUUUCCGUGUACUUUACCCCAUUGUCAUUACCAGUCUUGGGGUAUUUUAUGAAGCUGAUGGGGUGGGAUUCCAGAGGAACAUCACUGUGAAACUGUACCAGGCAGAACAUGAGGAAGCUCUCUUCAGUGCUCGCUUUAGUCCACCAAGCUGCGGAGUGCAAGUGAACAGAUUGUGGUACAAGCCAGUUGAGCAGUUCAUUUUGCCAGAGAGUUUUGAAGGCACUAUUGUGUGGGAAAGCCAGGAUCUUCAAGGCCUUGUUUCAAGAAACCUUCAUAAGGUGAUGGUGAAUGAUGGAGGGGGUGUUUUCAGAGUCAUAACAGCAGGAGAAGGGUCACUGCCACAUGAGCUCACAGAAGGUGUGGAGGGAAUAGCAGGUGGUUUUAUCUACACAAUUCAAGAUGGUGAUGCUCUUUUAAAAAGCCUCCAUACUCGUGCAGAAAGGUUUACAAGUCACAUCAAAAAUCUUGAGGAAGAAGAUACUUUAUUGAAGGAAGAAAGCAGUACCUAUGAUGAUAUUGUUUUUGUAGAUGUUAUUGACACUUACAGAAAUGUUCCAGCCAAACUGCUGAACUUCUACCGAUGGACAGUCGAAUCAGCAAGUUUUGAUUUGUUGCUGAAGACAGAUGAUGACUGUUACAUUGAUCUGGAGGCUGUUUUUAACAGGAUAAUGCAGAAAAAAUUGGACAGACCGAAUAUUUGGUGGGGAAAUUUCAGAUUAAACUGGGCAGUUGAUCGAACCGGGAAAUGGCAAGAACUGGAGUAUCCAAGUCCUGCUUAUCCAGCCUUUGCUUGUGGGUCUGGCUAUGUCAUCUCCAAAGACAUUGUUCAGUGGCUGGCAAGCAACUCUGAAAGAUUGAAGACAUACCAGGGUGAAGAUGUUAGUAUGGGCAUCUGGAUGGCAGCUGUAGGGCCCAAGAGAUAUCAAGAUAGCCUCUGGCUGUGUGAGAAGACAUGUGAGAGUGGUAUGCUGUCUUCCCCCCAGUAUUCCCCAGAGGAACUGAGAGAGCUUUGGAGAUUAAAGGAACUGUGUGGAGAUCCUUGUAAAUGUGAGGAGAGAUGAC